CAUCAAUCAUCAUCUAAACGUGUAGGACAGGACAACUCGAAGCUGCUCUAUUAUAACAAGUGUUAUGUUCAAUCACAACUUACAUUAUGCUCUGCUUUUAUUGGCUGUUUCGUUUAUAUUCCAGUCUCUCCGGCUUAACAGGGCGCUUUGGAUAGUUGAAAGUCAGCCGAAUGAAUGAAUUAGACCGGGAAUUGUUGAUACCGUAUCAACACUCAACUGUCUUCUCCAAAUCUGAUUUCUAAGCUAUCUGCCUGGCUGGCUUAUGAAUCAAUUACAUACCAGCAUAUAAAGGGCAUGACAAGACGACAGCUAGAAGAUUGCGCCAGUACCUACCAGAGAAAACACCGAUCAACUUGAACACCUUUGACUAACUAGUAUCAUGUCCUCCACGACGAACGUCUUUAUCAUUGGUGCAACGGGAUACAUCGGAGGCGCUGUCCUUGAGCUGCUUCUCGAGCACCCUACAGCGUCGUCAUCGCAAUUCACCGCCCUUGUGCGCUCUCCUGAAAAGGCACAGAAACUGGAAUCCGUUGGCGUUCAUGCUGUUGUGGGAUCUCUUUCUGAACUCGACAAGCUAGAGCAGCUUGCGUCCCAGUCUGAUGUGAUAUUUGCUUGUGCCGACGCUGAUAAUGUACCAGCAACCAAGGCUAUUUUAGCUGGGCUGAAGAAACGCUAUGACUCUACAGGAAAGGCACCUAUCUUGAUUCACACUUCUGGCACUGGUGUUCUGAUGGAUAAGGCCGCCGGAAAAUACGCUUAUGAUACCAUUUACGACGACACGGAUGUCGAACAAUUGGAGACUCUUCCAGACACACAGAUUCACAGAAACGUUGAUCUUCUGAUCAUCGAGGCUGAUAAGCAAGGAUAUGCACGCACACACAUCGUGCUUCCCUCUAUUGUCUAUGCCCGUGCUACAGGUAAACUCGUCGACCUUGGCAUCCAGAAUCCAAUUUCCAUUUUGAUUCCACGCCUUGUUCGGAGCAGUCUGAAGAGUGGGCAAGUCAGCAUCGUUGGCGAGGGAAAAAAUCGAUGGCCUAACAUCCACAUCGAUGAUACUGCGUCCUUAUACAUUGUACUAUAUGACGCCAUCUUGGCUAAUAAGGCAGGACACGGACGUGAAGGCCUAUACUUUGGGGAGAACGGCGAACACUUGAUGUUCGAUGUCAAUAAAGCAGUUGCUGAAGUACUUCAUGAGCUGGGCAAAAGUAGGAGUCCCGAGCCCAUAGUAUUGACUGAAGAAGAGCUCAAGGUUAAUCCCAUGGCUAUAUACUCAGGUUCCAACUCCCGUUGCCGUGCUAGUAGAGCACGGGCUCUUGGUUGGAAGCCAAAGUACACGACGAAAGAUCUGUUUGCCAGUAUAAAGCCUGAGGUGGAGGCUAUACUGAAGGAAUGAAUUCAGAUACACUAGUGUCGAAUUGCGUUAGUUUGAGUGUCAAGGAGUGAUCGUGUGCAUGUGGUUUGAUGCUGUCGCGACACUGCAUAUCCUUCUGUUAUUGAUAAAAUGUAUUGUAUGAUGUAUUUUCCUCGACUUUUGGAACAAUAUUAAUAUUGUCUAUUGUUUUCACCACUGU